AUGUGGAAUGAUGGGGAGUGUGAUGGCAAGGAAAAGAUGAUGCAGAUAUGCUUCAUUUAUGAGGUCGUCUUGGUCGCUGCUGCAAGCGGCUAUUGUGUCGCUGCGAGACUACAGAACAGAAAACUCUGCAGAGAUGUGACACACUUAUCUGUCCCCGUGUAUGUGGCGAUGAUGGGGACUAUCCCGUUGUGCAUUCCUUGGGGAGCUCCCCUAUCCCGGUUCCGUACUCACCUCUGGAGUGAGAAACAUGAUAUCAGGUAUUUUUUGAAGGCGGACCGUACCCGUGGCAUUACUGGAUUGCUGCUUCGGCCUGGUUGUGAAUAG